ACUCCGCGUAACAUACUGCACUCCGCCAAUCAAACACCGACGAGGAAGAGGUUGAAUUUUACUCGUGGUGUUUGUUGUCAAAUGUUGCACAUGCAGAAAGGGUUGGAACUGUAUAAAAAAAAUCAACCACUUUAUCGCAAAAAGUGCAAAACUACCUUUUAAUACACAGAGCACGUUCAGCUGGUUUUACAUUCUCCAAGUCCCACAUCGAGGAGCCCUUCAGCAACUUGGAUGGCGUACAGGCGAGACCGAAGCCGAAUCAGAGAGGCCACCGAUGAGCAUAUUUCAGAGAGAGCGGGAACGUACCAGAGAGUUGUGAAUGUUGUCGAGAGGAGGACUGCUGUGACAAGACCGGAGCAAGAAUAUGACAGAGAAUUUGAAUAUGAAACCAAGCGGUAUGGUGGUGUUCAAAGUUACCAUGACGAUGACCAGAUAGGAUACCCUAGCGACAACAUUCACACAGGAAGUGAUCGUGGAUACCAUGGUGACGUGGUAGGCAGCAUCCGAGGGAGGAACUCCCCAUCUCCCCGACAGGAGGACUACAGGGAUCCAUACUACAGGGGAUCCAGAGUUGAUUCUCAGAUGGGCCGUCAAGGAGGGAUGAGGAAUAGCAGCAGAGUGGGCUCCCAUCCCAGCAGCAGAGUUCAAGUGAUAGCUCCUCUCUCGAGGACCAUGUCUCCAGCCUACCCCAACCUGAGGGAGAACCCUGAGGGUAUCAGGCGGAGAGUCCAGGGCCCCUACCCUGCAAACCCUGCCGGGGACUCCUACACUAGAUUACGGGACCGCUCUCCUAUCAGAAGGGAUACUCCACCAAUAACAGGCUCCGUUCUCAUGCGCUCCGGGUCCAACACCAGCAGAAGGAGCUACUCCCCAGACAGGGACCAGACGGGCUUCCCCUACCAUCAGAAGAGGUAUAAAGAAGAGCCUCACAGCCAGAGCAGAGAGCCUGAUAAGCCCAGGUUGCUAGGCCACACAAAGACUGCCUCCAUAGACGGUUCUCCACACAGCGCUGUCUCAAUCAAGGAGGAACUUGACCCCACCCCAGCCCUGCUAGCAGAGCCUGAGGACACAGUGCCGGCCAAGGAUGAGACCGACCAGACACAGAAGGCCAACUUCAAGACACAGCGCUCUCAAGCCAUCGCAGCUAAAGCCCUCGAAAUUGAGAAGCUAUACAAGCAGGACUGCGAGACGUUUGGAACGGUUGUCAAGAUGCUGGUGGUCAAGGAGCCCAGUCUGGAGAAGCUGCUCCAAAACCCUCUGAAGGACAACCUGAUUGAGAUCAGGGAGCUUUGCCUUGACGACCUCCGACACUUUAUCAUAGAGCUGGACCAGGUCAUGAAGCCAGAACCGUCAACAUGAGGGGGAACCACAAAGCCCUUAUUACGUGCAGGUAUUGAUGGACCAGAGGUGGCGUUUGUGUGGUGGCAUAGAAGACUGUGAGAGGAGGCAACCUAGUAUGGCAUCCUCUCCACACUGAUUAAGAAGAAAUCAUAUUCAUAGAAAAAAAAUGGUACCCCUUUUUUCUCCCCAAUUUCGUGAUAUUCAAUUGAUAGUUAGUCUUGUCGCCAUCGCUGCAACUCCCGUACGGACUCGGGAGAGGCAAAGGUCGAGAGCCAUGCAUCCUCUGAAACACGACCCUGCCAAGAUAUUCAAGUACAUUUUCAAGAAAAAACACUAACAAUUGUUCACUAAAAUAUUUUAUUAUUGGAAACAUGCUUAUUUUUGAGGUCACUUUAUGGUGUUAAUAUUUGAAAGAAUUUUUUUUUUUUUCAUGCUGUUUAUAUAGAUUUCAGGUGUCGUUCCUUUAAACCUCAUGUCCAGCGGUAAUUUCUUCACUCCUUAGUUAGACACAUUGCAAGAACUCCACUUCUGGCUUUCUGACCAACUGUUAAACAACCAAAUCACACAGAUUUUUUAAAAGGUACACUGUGUGUGUGUGUGUGUGUGUGUGUGUACACAGAAGGAAUGGAAAAAAUACGCUUUUUGGAGUUCAGUCAUCAACAUUUGUGUACCGUAAUGAAGAGUUUUGAGUUGUUUCAAUACCGUUUAGUUCUCUCCAGAAAACUUGUCCGAAAACCAAUGUUUUGCAUAUUUUAUGGUGUUUACUGUCAUACAGUACCAGUCAAAAGUUUGGACACACCUACUCAUUCAAGGGUUUUUCUUUAUUUUUACUAUUUUCUACAUUAUAGAAUAAUAGUGAAGAGAAACUAUGGAAUCAUGUAGUAAACAAGAAAGUGUUAAACAGAUCAAAAUAUAUUUUCUAUUUGAGAUUCUUCAAAGUAGCCACCCUUUGCAUUGACAGUUUUGCACACUCUUGGCAUUCUCUCAAACGGCUUCACCUGGAAUGCUUUUCCAAUCGUCUUGAAGGAGUUCCCUGGGUCAUUGUCCUGUUGAAAAACAAAUGAUAGUCCCACUAAGCGCAAACCAAACUUUUGACUGGUACUGUAUAUGUUCUCUUUGUUUAACUUUUAUUACCUAACAGAAAAAGUAUUUAACAAGCUUUCUGGAGUUUCUGUUCCUCUACACUAUAUUCAUUCUUCAUACACAUUCUCGUUCUGUACAAACUUUUGGGGGACAUUGCUCUCCUUUUAAAAUAAACAAAAAACCUGACAUGU